AACAGCAACAAGAACAUCACCCACAUCAAAGAUUCUUUUUUGUACGCGACGCCCCGACUUCGAAUUCUAUUUUUUUGCUCUCUUCUCCUCAUAUAUUCACACAGUUUAUUCCAUUUUUUGAUUCUUCAUUAGAUCCCUUUAUUCCCUUAUCAUAUUCUCCUUGCUCCGGAUCUAUCUAUGCUUUAAUUUCACACCAAAAUUAGAACAAAAAUUAUAUAUUAACUCUAUCAUUAGCGGAUUAGCCUUAACAUUGUGAUUAACAAUGGAUUACGCGGAAAAGAUUCAGAGGUGUCACGAAUAUGUUGAGGCUUUGGAAGAAGAACGGAGGAAGAUUCAAGUCUUUCGACGCGAACUUCCUUUGUGUUUAGAGCUUGUAAUUCAAGCGAUUGAGGCGUGUAAACGGGAGUUAUCUGGUACGACGACAACUGAGUUUACGCACGGACAAUCGGAGUGUUCGGAGCAGACAACAUCCAGUGACGGAACUGGAACCACAAGACCAAUGGUUCUCGAACAGUUUAUUCCUAUUAAGAGGACUAAUUCUUCUUCUCAUAAUGAAAAUGAACACGAGGACGAUGAGGAGGAGGAAGAUGAAGACGAACAUCAUUCACAUGAGGGAAAUAAAAGUAUUGACGACAACGAUGAGAAGAAAAAAUCCGACUGGCUUAGAUCUGUACAGUUAUGGAAUCCGUCGUCUCCAGAUCCGCCAGUUAAAGAGGAUUUGCCUAGAAAGGCUGCCGUGACGGAGGUGAAGAGAAACGGGGGAGCGUUUCAGCCGUUUCAUAAAGAGAAAUGUGAGAAAAGUAAUACUGCCGGAAAAAGCAAUCAGAGUGGUAGUUCGAUUGCCAAAACGCAGUCGUCUUCCGUGCCGGCGUCGGAUACUAGUUCAUCCGAUGAGACAAAAACAAGAGAGGCUAGUAAAAAUAAUAAUAACGAUGACGGUGGUUGUGGUGGUGGUGGUGGUGGUGAUAAUAGUAAAAAGGAAGAAAAAGAUGGCCAAUCUCAAAGAAAACAGCGGCGGUGCUGGUCGCCGGAGCUGCAUAGGCGGUUCUUGCAUUCCCUUCAACAGCUUGGUGGUUCACAUGCAGCAACUCCAAAGCAAAUUAGAGAGCUAAUGAAAGUUGAUGGGCUCACUAAUGAUGAAGUUAAGAGUCAUUUACAGAAAUACCGAUUACAUACGAGAAGACCAAGUCCAACAAUGCAUAACAACAAUGCACAAGCACCACAAUUUGUAGUAGUUGGCGGAAUAUGGGUGCCACCGCCAGACUACGCAGCCGCGGCUGCUACAACAACGUCAUGCGAAACAACAACUAUUAGCGGAACCAACGGAAUCUAUGCCCCGGUUGCUACAUUGCCCGUAACCACACACUUACAAAAGCAUACUCAAUUUGAGAACGUGCAAUCUGAAGGAAGAAGUGGUAAUCAUAGUACCGAAGGGGGUCGUAGACGCGGAUGUGGUGCUCGUUCUAAUUCCCCCGCGACAUCUUCUUCUACACAUACAACAACAAAUUCUCCUGUGUUUUGAAUUGUGCAUAGUGUAAAAGUUUUGUAACGAAAUAAUAAUAGAAAAGGUCUAUUACAUGACAUAGAACUUUUUUUAAAUUUUUUUUUGUUGUUAUCGGAUUUGUAAGAAUUAGAUAGAGGACCAUCACACUUGAAUAAUGAAACAUUUUUUUCAUAUAUUAAAGGUUUACUACAUUA